UUUUCAAGAAGAUGGCGCCGACACCGCCGAAAAAGCAACCGGUGUCAAUAUUUCCGGAACCUUCCGUGGAGCCCAUUCAAGCUACAGCCAUCGUAGUGAUUCACCCAGGGUCCAUGUUCUUGAGGAUAGGACGAGCCUCCGACUCCUACCCUCAUACGAUUCCGCAUGUGAUUGCAAGGCCAUGCCUGUCAGAAACCUCGGCACCUCAUGUUGACCCAAUUCUUGUUCCUGAGGUUGACAUGGAGCCAGAAGUAGUAGCCACUAUUGAAGAAGGGUGCGAGGUUGUCGGGAACCUUUUGGCGUCGUGUUUGACUUCAGAAGGAAGGAUACGCUACACCUUCCCCACUGACAAGAUUCAUCACUUUAAUCAGCAUGUGAAACCAACAAUCAUUGAAGAAAAGUGUGACCUCAAUUGGACCAACACUGAUCGGGCACAGGAGUUUUAUGUUGGAGAGGAGGUGCUGUACCUAAACCCUGAGCAGCGGUUCCACAUACACUGGCCCAUCAGGAGGGGCCGAUUAAAUGUGCACUCGGGUGUUGGAGGUUCCUUGGUGUCUGUGUUGGCCCAUCUAGAAGCCAUCUGGGGCACAGCCAUCCAGCAGUAUCUUGAGAUUCCGCUGAAAGACCUCAAGCACUACAGGGCAGUACUGGUGAUACCAGACGUGCACGCCAGAGACCACGUUCGAGAACUGAUGCAGCUCCUACUCUGCAAGAUGGGCUUUGGCGGCUGCUUUGUUGCCUUGGAGUCUGUCUGUGCAACAUUUGGUGCGGGCCUGUGCUAUGCUUGCGUUGUGGAUGUGGGGGACCAAAAGACUAGUGUUUCCUGCGUUGAAGAUGGUAUAUCUUCGCGAACAACCAGGCUGACAAUGGAGUAUGGGGGAGCUGACAUAACGCACUUGUUCCACUACCUGCUGCGCAAGUCAGGGUUUCCCUACAAGGAGUGCGACCCUUCGAAAGUCUUGGAUGCCAUGCUCCUACAGGAACUGAAGGAGAACAUGUGCCAUGUUAAUCUGGACAUAUGUGGAGCACAGGAGCGGUCUUUCCAAGUGAAGCAACCAGGCAGAGCACUCUUGGAGUACAAAAUCAAGGUUGGCGACGAGUGUCUGGUGGCCCCACUGGCCCUGUUUCGGCCAGACAUGCUGGGUGUCACAGGUCCCAAGCAGUCCAGGGGCCACCCAAGAAAUCCAGGUGAUCCCCAUGACCCCCUGGAUGAGCACUUCCUCCUCCAGACACAGAGGCGAGCGGCACGUGAUGUAGCAGAAGGCUCGCAAGCCUCGGACGCUGCUUCUCAGCUAGACGACAGCCAACUUGGUCAGGGGGCUCUGGAUGAAGACGAAGUGGUUCCACCUGAAGCAGUCACUCUCGCAGCCGCGCCCCGAGACAGCGAGAGAGAGCUGCCUUGUGACCAGCUACUGGGCAUAGACCAGGCCAUUGUGCAGUGUGUUGAUCGCUGUGACGGGGAGGAGCUGAAACGGAAAAUGUUCAGCUGCGUGCUUGUGGUUGGAGGUGGUUGCAUGUUCCCCGGCAUCCACACAUGGCUCCAGAAUCGCCUGUCUGUCCAGAUACCCAUCAUGUACCGACCAGAGCAGAUGGAGAUCAUCACCAGGCCAAGAGACACGGACCCUAGGAUCACAACUUGGAAAGGUGCAUCCAUCAUGAGUUGUCUAGACUCGGCUCAGGAGCUUUGGAUUCGUCAGGCUGAGUGGCAGCGAUACGGUGUUCGCCUGCUUCGUGAGCGGGCGCCCUUCAACUGGUAGUGCUGCUAUCCUAGCAGCCCAUCAGUGUUAUGACAAGCGUGCCAUGUUCACAAAUUGGUGUGCCACUCUUCGAAGCCCUUGGCACAUGGCCAGCAUUCUUCAAGGUUGUUUGGCGUAGCGCAACAUUUGCAGCAGUAACUUGAAAUGUCUGCGAUGCAUUCGCCUACCUCACUAUUCACGACUGAACAACAGACUGAAGCAUUGCUUCAGUCAUCACAGUAUGCAGAGACUUGAAAGCUAGUACAUAAAAAUGCAUCUGUAUACUCUUGUCUGGACACCCUUGUAAUUCUUCAAAAAUGCUGGACUGCAUUUGUCUCAUGUUUCUCACGCAUGAGUACUUGUCAUGCCUGCAGAGUGUGAUGCAAGUUUGUUUUUUUAUUGACUAUGUGUUAUAUAUUAGUCUGGUUCACUGAAUCA